AUGGACAUCAGACGGACCUUGGAAGCCACAAACUUCUAUUCCAAUUUAGCCGCUGCGCUUUCAGCCUUUUCUCAAGACAAACUCGACAAUCCGACGUUGAAUUUACAAAUCGUUAUCCAAGAGGGGAAUAGUGCUGAUGGUGACAGAUCGGAUACUUUCGAAGCCAAUGAACAACCUAUUAUGCAAUCAGGACACCUUCUCCUCUCACAUAAAAUCCCUCUCCGCAUUGACACUGCCACGUGCAGCAUCGAACCUGCUGGUCCUAGCUUUGCCUCGAGAGAAGCAUCUCCGGAGCACCGUAUACCAACCAAUCGGAGGCAGAUUGAAGUUCAAAGACGUACCCAGAGUUAUCAGACACAUAAGAGACAAGGCGGUUUGAGGUUGGCUGCGGUGAACGGGAAUGUUCCGGUGGAAGGUGGCGUUGAGAACGAAAGCCCGAGACAGAUGCAGGUCGGCCAAGAAAACUUUCCAAAAAGAGUCAAGGUUAAGCACGAUGGCGUGUUUCAUCCACGAGAGUCUUCUCUGGGGAAAUUCGUCGUGGGCGUUUGGGAGCAGAUGCACUCCGGGCUGAUUCUCGAACCGCAUGUUCUUACGGAACAAGUUCAACUUACUUCUCGUUCGUUGGGGAAUGGUCCUUCUGUGGACAUCGUGCCGACAGCUUCGAGCAUGCGACCGGAUCAAACUUGGGAGUCGUUCAACCAAAGCAAUAUCUUCUGCCGAAGAGUCACCCAAGCCAGCCGCACAUGUCGCUCUAUCGAAGUCAUUGUUCAAGCGCGAUGGGUUGAGCUGUUUGACUCUUACGUCAAGUACCUUGCCAGCACGAAUCCAAACCUUUCAGCGACAAAAAGCCGUAUGAGAGCUAUAGCCGAGGCAUGCACCGACUUUGGUUGGACGGAGAAGGAACUUCGAAACAAGAUGGCUAUUUGGCGAGGAUAUAAAGAGAUCAAGGAUGUACUUGGCUGGGUGGCUCUGGUCUUUUCUGGGAUGGGACUCUAUCGGCUGUGUAAGUAUCGCGUCGACUUUGACAAAGAGAAGUUUUCCCGGGCGCGGGCUUUGAGAAUACGGAUGGAAGUCGCUGCUGAUACCCUGCAUAAGAACUGGAGGCAGCUGUUGGCUAUUGUAGGCGAGUCAACGCAAACACGUUUCGUCGGACAUCCUCACGACUGGGUAGUCCAUCAAGAUGGCUCAGAACCGGUCUCUCUUCGAUCAACGUACCUGGAAUAUGAUCCAAACUUUGCAUUCGAACAUCUUGAUGAGUCAGUCAUCGAUACUGUGUCGUGGGGGGCAGAUGACCCUCGCUGGACUCCGUCAAGCGCUGUGUGUGUUUCUGGUUUCAACAUAUGCGGCUUGUGCAGCGAAGUACAAUCCAAUGAAGGCUCAACCAACGCCUGCAAAUGUUUUCCCAAUUGCUUUGGCACGUCGAGGUUACCAAUUGCAGUGCAAGUCUUUCGCACAUCCAACGGUCGCAACAAUGGCCUUCAAGCCUUGGUAGCGUUUGAAAGAGGCACUGCAAUUGGGGAGUUUGUUGGCUUGAUCACGAAAGAUAUCGAAGAACAAGAUGUUCUCGAUAGUAAAGUCGGCGGAAGAAGAUAUCAGAUCUGGCAGGGAAGGCAGGGUAACUUUACCCGGUUUGCAAACCAUAGUUGCAAACCGAAUGCGCAGUUUGAGAAGUUUGUCUGGCUCGGUACUCAGCAUGUCCUGCUCGUGAGCAAAGGCAUCGAAGCAGGGAUGGAGAUUACAGUGGAUUAUACAGAGAGUUAUUGGCGGGGCUUAGACAAGAAGUGCCUUUGCGGUGAACCUUGUUGCAGGUAUAACAAGUCCGAUAAUGGGAGGCUUGGUUGA